UUAACAAGAUACUUAAUGUCAAAUUAUGACCCAGCUGUUAGACCUGCUUUUAAUGCAUCCCAACCGUUAAAAGUGGCAUUUGAUAUGGCCUUGUACCAGAUACUUGAUGUGGAUGAGAAGAACCAGAUCCUAGUUACAAACGGUUGGCUAACUCAAAAAUGGACUGAUGUUCACUUAAGGUGGAAUGCAUCCGAUUUUGGAGGCAUUUCCGUUAUCAGGCUACCAGCGGCACAUGUAUGGAGACCAGAUAUUGUUUUAUAUAACAACGCUGAUUCCCAGUACAGCGUUGCAAUUGUCAACACUAACGUCAUAGUGCAAGCUAGUGGAGAUGUGUUGUGGCCUUCAGCAGGCAUCUUUAAAAGCAUAUGUGGCAUGAAUGUUGAAUUCUUUCCAUUUGACGUCCAAACAUGUACUUUGAAGUUUGCCUCAUGGGCAUAUGAUGGAUCACAGUUGGACCUAAUACGAAUAAAAGAAUAUGGUGACUUCACACACUAUCAGUCAAAUGGUGAAUUUGACUUAGACGAGUUUUCAUCAAAAGUCAGUUCUGAGCGCUACCCCUGUUGUGAAGAAGCGUACCCAGAUGUUACUUAUGUCAUUAAAAUACGCCGGCGUCCUAUGUUCUAUGUCUUCAAUCUAAUUUUGCCUUGUCUUCUCAUCAAUGGAAUAUCGUUACUUGCGUUCUAUGUUCCUUCAGAAUCAGGAGAAAAAGUGACGUUAAGCAUAAAUACCUUGUUGUCACUUACAGUAUUUCUUAUGCUGGUGAAAGACAGCUUGCCGCCAACGCAACAGACUCCACUUAUUAGUUUGUACUAUGGUUUGACAAUUUGCUUGGUAGCAUUGGCUACUGCUUUUUCUGUUUUGACACUAAACGUCCAUCAUAAAGGAAACCGCGGUGCUGAAGUCCCUAAUUCGAUGCGCAGAUUUAUUCUCGGAUUCCUUGCUAAGAUCGUCUUUGUCAGUUGUAGAUGGAAGACCUCUAAGCGAAAAGAAGACGCAUCACAUGUCGUGGAUCCUUUCUCAGAUGACUCCUCAUCAAAAGAUGAAAAAAUUCCAAUGGACCACAUCGAAAGAUACUCGUUUUCUCCUAGGUUGAGACACCGAAAGGAAACCGACAGCGGAGGAAGUGAUGUCACCAGUGAAGAAUUUGAAAGACAUUUCCUCCGUGUUUUAAACAAAGUCUAUGAAACCAUUGAACGCCAUGAAGCUCGUUUAGCAGAACACGAAAGACAGGAAAAUAUUCGCACAGAAUGGCAACAAGUAUCUGUGGUGUGUGACCGCUUUUUGAUGGGCCUGUUCUUGCUUGCUACGACAGUAAUCACGUUUUUCAUCCUGUUUACUUCACCUCACGGUGCUUGAGUGAUAAUUUAUCAAAAACUUUGUAUUGAUUGAUGAAAUAAAUCAAUACCCAUCUAACUGCGCUCUUUUUAUCCGUACAACAAACGUCAAACGCUACAAAGAUAGAGCUCUGAAAAGAUUUUUUGCAGCAAGAGUGACAACCUUUUUACUAAAAGUACUGACAAUAAAACUACAUCAGAGUUAAGACUGGGUAAUGAAACCUGCAUUUAGAAGGAUAGUGCUGAUUGUACAAUACGGUCCUAUUUCCUCUUAUCUACGUGGA